AGUAAGAUUUCCGUUGUUAGCCGGAAGUAGAUUUCAUAAAUUUUGGUUGCAUGCGGAAGUGGCACGUUCAUAAUGGCAACUGGAGCAGAUCAAGCUGUUGGCUUUGGACUUGUUGGCUUUAGUCUGUUACUGUUCACGUAUUACACUAUUUGGGUCAUAGUCUUGCCUUUCGUAGACAGUGACCAUGUGAUCCACAGCUAUUUUCUUCCACGAGAAUAUUCAGUCAUACUUCCUGGAGUUGCAGCAUUAAUCCUCUUACUUUUUGUUGGCACCUUCAUAGGGGUCAUAACAUGGAAGAAUCGGAAGCCUAAGAAAGUUGAUUAAGACUCUUCAGGCUGUUGUGAUUUAUCUGGUCACAAGAACGAACUGUGUUGAUUUCACUCAUGCACCGCUUCCUGUACACAGCCACAUGAAGCUGCUUUCCUGGAUUCCAGUCAUGUUCAGGUGGUUGUUAAAAUAAACAACAAAAUAGAGUUUAUUAAGUAGCCAAAUCAGUACUGAACAUGUAGUUACACAGUUGUAUGUUUGAGCUUUGUACAUCCAGUGUCCACAACCUUGACUUAAGAGUACACUUGUGAAAUGUUUAGCUUUGGAGUAUUCUUUCCAUAGUCAGGAAGAUAAAGGCAAAUGAGAUCAUAAUUUCGGCACCUAAAGCAUAGGGAAGAUAUGUGUGUACUUUGUAUCUGGAUGGCAUCUAUAUGGAAUAUGGGAUUUUUUUUUUAAAAAAAUCAUGCUUUAAUUUGAGGAUUGUUUAAAAUGUUCUCUUAUGUUGUAAAUAAACAUUUAUAAGGUAGAGUGCUUGCUUCAUAUAGCAGCAAAAUAAUCUAGGACAAUAAUCUAAAAAGAAUGAGAAACAGAAUUUUCUGCAAAACCAUACACAAUCCCAUAUUAAGAUAAUAAAAAUAUUCAAAACUUAGUAAA